AUGGGCCUUGCCAUGCUUCAGCAGCCUCCACCUAGCGAACGUGCUCUCAUGGAUGGUGCCUUUCUACACGCGUUACGUCCUACCGAUACGUUAGAAUACAGCUCCUCGCCAGAGGAGGAAUUGUCUUCAGCGUGGUUUGUCUCCAUCGGUCGUGCGUUGUCAUGUCUGGGGAUUAUACACUACAAGUACCGUCUGAUGCUGGCACAAACGGUGCGAAGAGACAUUGUGCAACUAACGACGCAACAGCGAUGCCAAUUGUUGUACGCUUUGGGAGGGGCGUCAAUGGGGUCUGUUCUAAAGGAGCUCCGACAGUCAUGGAAAAACAAGGUGGAACGAACCGUUGCGGUGGUAACAGAUCGAUUGCGUUACAAUGUUAACCCUUCUGAUGGACCGUUUGUGAUGAAUGCGCUUCUCUAUGCGGGCGCCCGUGAGCACCCCAUGAUUCCGCACCAACCUGAUCUGGCUUCAGGCGAGAAUCCGGUGGAGGUCUUUCUGCGCACUUGGUCCAUGUGCCCCAAGGAAAGUGUGCUCCAUCUGACGGAGCAGAUACGACCGAGCCACUUGGGCGGCGAACCAACGGCAAAGUUGUCUCAUGUGUUUGCUGUCAUUGCAAAGAACUGCAGUGCUUCACCUUUUAACUCCUAUCGAUUCGGUCCGUUAUAUGAUGCAGUUCGUAGUCACGGUGGUGACAUAAGUAUAGAGGAAGCAUUGGGCACCAUUAGGUGCCCUUCAACACAUCGGCAUUGGAAGACGCUAUCGUGA